AUGAACUCAUGGGCUGCUGGGGCCACCUAUGACUGUAACUUUCUUUGUGUUUGCGUCUUGGGCGAUCGCACUGCCUACGGCCUGUGCAAGGAAAUGAGUCACCAGAUGAAGCUGACGCAUUGUGUCAACGGCUUUGUGGCAUCACCAAGUGACAUGCCAACGUAUGGGCAGCUCGGCUGCCAAGGUUUCAUUGUUUUGGACAAAGAGCACAGAGUGGUUUGUGAGGGCACAACACCGUUUAUGCAGGCUCGCAGCCUCGCGUUCCAGCAUGUCGAGGACUUACUGGAUGCUUUAUGCAACAAUGCUCCCUUGCCGGAUAUUUGUCGAGGGGAGAUGGCUGAGAUCGCCUCGGGGGACCUACAGGGUGCGAGGGGUAUUUGCAUGCAAGUAAACGAGGACAAGGUUGACUUCGGCUUUCUGGACGGCGCCCUGCAGGGGCGGAGGAUGACUCUGGAGAAGUCCAUGGUAAGGCGGUUGAGCCCAGAUGAAGAAGAUGGAGCCACUGACGUUGCUGGCAAUUGCGCUGAUGGCUGCAAGGACACAUGUGCCGGUGGCAGCUGUGCCAGUGGACUCAAGCCAACAGGAUGUGGUUGUGACCCGAGCACAUGCGACGCAACCGACAAACCGGAGUGCGAGGUUGACGCGGGCUUUGUAAACCAAGUCCUGGACGUAGCCAGCGUGAAGGUGCCUUCUAUGGACGCCGACCAUGCGGACUGUGCAAACGCCUUGCGAAGUCUUGCAAACAAGAGGUCGAAGGAGUCGUUGGAGGAUGUGCUGCAGUGUCUUUCAGGCCACUUCGCGCAUGAGGAACAGCUCUUCGAGCAGUUCGGCUUUGGGGUUCACGUGAACGAGAAGCUAUCCGCCAAAAAGAGUCAUGAGGAUGAGCACCGCCGCUUGCUGGACAAGGUCCGCAGGCAGUUGGCGGCAACAACAGUGCCUGUCAGCUUUGUGAGGGAGCUCCUUCAGGACUUCCGUGAGCACACCAACCUUUACGACAUGCAGUACGCGGACUUCCUCGCUGGACAAGGGGCGAACUAG